GCUGCUUGAAACUCGACUGCAGGUCUGCAGAUGGAAGGCGGACAGUGUAACUCUAGGUUUCUUUUUUUCAUACCCAGCAUGCAUGGCUUUUGUGUCUAGGAGAGGGGACAGAGCCGAUGCAGGGAAAAGCACUUACCUUACACACUGUACUUGGGAGCCCUUUGUAAGAGCCCGGGUGCACAGUGUGGCACUCAGUCUGCGCUCUGCAGCUGCAUAGACUGUGUUCAGUCAGCACACGGCUGAAUUGAUUUUAUAACACAGACGGAAGAGACUGGGAGAGACAGAUAUCAGAGGAGAGUGGGCUAUACUGUCCAUGCUGUUCAAACACCUCCAGAAGCUGGAAAUUAAACUUUUUUUCUACAUCUUUAGCCUUUUUAAGGCUACACUGGACUGAACUGUUAUACUGCACAUCUCAGGAGUGAAUUACUUCUUUUUUUACUCAGCUCAAACUGUGAAGAGGGGGGAGAAAAGAGCUGAGUUUGCUUUAAAGUGAAUCGGAGGACCAAGCAGAGAGGGAGAGAGACAGAGCAAGUCUCCCUCUGUGUCAAUAACUGGGCAGCAUGGUGCAGAAAAUGAGCCACACAGAGAGCACCGCCGAGGCGCUGUCCUUUUUCGCCGGGGACUCGAGCUCCGACUCCGGGGCGUGCAUGGAUCUGGACCCGGCCGCCUCGCCUCUCUCCCCGGGCUCCACGGCUUCUUCAACCGCCGGGGACAAGCUGGGAGAGAACCCGGCGUGGUGUAAAACUCCCAGCGGCCACAUCAAGAGACCCAUGAACGCAUUUAUGGUGUGGUCGCAGAUCGAGAGGAGGAAGAUCAUGGAGCAGUCCCCGGACAUGCACAACGCGGAGAUCUCAAAGCGGCUGGGGAAGCGGUGGAAGCUGCUCAGAGACAGCGACAAGAUCCCGUUCAUCAGAGAGGCGGAGCGGCUCCGGCUCAAGCACAUGGCGGACUACCCCGACUACAAGUACCGGCCGAGGAAGAAGGUAAAAUCAAGCGCUUCCAAGCCCGGCAGCAGCGGAGACAAGGGGGAGAAACUCAACGGUAGCUCUAACAACACCAGCACUAAGGCAUCCUCAUCUUCGAGGAAAAAUGGAUCCAAAUCACCCAGCAGCAGCAAACCCCACAAAUCACUUUUCGGGAGCAGCAGCAGUAGCACCAAAGCAUCACCGUUUGCCUCCGAGCACCCAUCAGAGCACCACCACCACAACUCUCUCUACAAGUCCAAAUCUGUCUCCUCAGCAGCCAAGCAGAUACCGGAUGGCAAGAAGCCCAAGCGAGUGUACGUGUUCGGGAGCAGCAACUUGAGCGUGAGCCCCGCGUCCUCCGUGGUGGUCCCGGCCAGCCCGACGCUCAGCAGCUCGGCGGACUCUAGCGACCCGCUUAGCCUGUACGAGGACGCGGCCAGCGGCAGAGAGGAGGGAGCCGACUCCCCCGGCAGCAGCGGCAGCCUGGGCGGGUCUUCGGAGCGCCACGGCGGGCACACAUACAGCAGCAGGCGGGCUUCCUCGCCGACUCCAUCCGGCUCGCACUCCUCCGCUUCGUCCCACUCGUCCUCAUCCUCUUCAUCGGAGGAUGAAGAGUUUGAGGACGACUUGCUCGACAUUAACCCGAGCCCCAGCUUUGAUAGCAUGUCGCUGGGGAGUUUCGGCUCCUCGGUGCUGGACAGGGACUUGGAUUUGAACUUUGAGUCCGGCUCCGGGGGCUCCCACUUCGAGUUCCCCGACUACUGCACGCCCGAAGUCAGCGAGAUGAUCUCCGGGGACUGGCUGGAGUCCACAAUCUCCAACCUGGUGUUCACAUACUGAAAAAGGCAAAACGACAGGUAAUAUCCUGUAAAAUAUGACCACAAACAGAGUUCCUGGUGCAGUGGGCGUUAUAAUCUGUGUUAUAACUACACCAGACUAAAACUAGUCCCAUCUCGUCUACACAAGCUGCAAAUCCCUGGAAAGCUUAACUUUAAAGCAAAUAACUUGCUUUUUGUACUUUUCUUCGGAUGCAUCGGACUGGGGACUCGGUUCAACCACACAAGCGGAGUGCAAACAAGAGAAGGAGAGAAAAAGAGAGACUGUUUCCUGGCAGUGAAACGCUCAGCGCUGAACUGUUUUUGAACAACUUAACUGUGAUUGAUUUGCACGUUACGCGGUCCGCCGUUCACUUAAUCAAUGUUGUUGCUGAUUAAAAAAAGGGACAUUUCACAUCUUUUUACCAAUCGCCAAGUGAACUUCACCACUAAAAAGGUACAGAAAUAGGACUGUCGUGCGACAUUUUUAUUGUGGUGUGUCACCGAGAGGGAUUUUUAAUGAAACGGAGGUGGGUUGAUGUUUUUUAAAAGUCGAAUAUUUUUCUCAAAAAGCAAAAAACAUGUUAAGCAUGAUAGCCUACUUUGUUCCUAUCUUGUGCUGAGAUUUUCUGUGAGACUGUCGAGCAGUUUAAAAACUAGUAUUAGGGUUAUUUAAAUGGAUAGGUGGCGCUCGCUUUCGGUUCUUCUCUUUAAAAAAAAAAGGACAUUGAAAUAAUCACCAGCUGUUGUAAUUUUUCAAACUUCAGGAUUCAAACGCAACUUCAAAUCUGUGCUGAACUUUAUACACGUGUUCUCUACGAUUCAGGACCAAAAUUUCUUUUAAUUUCAGAUGAUAGCUAUAGAGAAAUCCUCACCGAUUUGUUUUUUUCAUCCUCUGAGCUUUGUUUUGUACAUGUAUUUAGAUGCCAUUUUUAAUGGGAUGUUGUAUUUAUAUACUGGGCCAAGCAUUUUUGACUUGAUCAUUUUUUUUAUUUCUUGUAUACAUGAUCUAGUCCUGUUUUUUUUCUUACACGGUUGUUCGUCAGUACGUCUGUGUCUGUCACAUUUCCUUCUCAGGCGAAGGGCUAGAGUUUUAAAAACACACGACUUUUGAUUUCAUUUUAUAUUUAAAUGUACACACUUUUUGGACACUUAAAAGAGAGGAAACAGUUUGAUUAUUUUCUCAGUGUAUUUUUGUACAAAUCUAUAUCGAAAAUGGGGGAGUCAACAAUCGGUGUGUGUAGCCUACUAAUACAGCUGUAUUGGAUUUCCUAAUUUUUAAUACCCCGGCAGGCUGGUUUUCAUGCUGCCUUCAAGUGCUCCUGGUAAGCUCGUACUUCAGAAUUUGUAUCCCCUGUUUCAAUGCUUUUGUAAAGACAGCCAGCAAAACAGACCUUAUAUCACUGUGGUGCCUAUUGUUUAAUAUUAGCAGUUAUAGGUACCGAGGUAUUUUUAAGAUACGUGACCAGAGUAGAGGACAUAAUAAGCAUCAGGUGUGUGAUUGGUGUUUUAAUUCACAAAUUUGGCAAAUUUUCUACCACUUUUACCAGCACCUACUGGCAAGAUUUCGUCGAUGUCCAAUCCCUGAACAUCCUAUGUUGUCAGUACAAACAGAAGGCACUUAGACACCCAGUUAUAAGGAUGCAAUUACGAUUUUUCCGACAGCACUUGAAAGCAGCACCAGCCUUUGUAUCUGCCUACCUUCUACGUUUACAGUGCCAGUCUGCAGGCUCCUUAAAGACACAGGAAUGCAUUAUUUCAGAGGCUAUUCCUGUGGACCAUGUGGGUUUUUACAGCAUCGCUAUCUUAAGCAGCCACUUGUUUUUUUGCAUUAUUCCGUCAGAUAUCUUUGCCUAUGACAACAAUUGAGGAGAUUGUAGCUUUAAAUUUGACUUAUUUCUUGAUGUUUUCAUUGACUGAUGUCAAAUUUUGCCAAUCAGCCACUGGAUUGACAAGGCUAUCAAUACAGCAAGCAAACAACAAGGAUGAUAACAUCAAGCAUAUUCAAAUUUCUGACUUGAGUUCCGCAAACACCUACUUGUACUGCGUUUCUCAUUGUAUUUGAAUAUAUAAUCUUUUCUACUUGUCAGCUAACUAUUAGCUAAUAAUUGUUUUAGUAUCUUUAUGGCAUGGUGAAUAGCAUUUGUAUUUCAGAUUCAGGUUAUUAGCUGUUGUGUUUUUCAGAAAAAAAUGAAAAAAUGAGGAAAAACGAUGAAACGUGAACUCGAUCUUUGUAUAUUUGACUGUAUCAUAAAGCAAAAAGAUUGUGUGUUUAUGUACGUUGUUGCUAUCGAGGACAGGCACUGUCUAGAACUGCUAUCUUUUACACAUCCUUACUUACAUUUAAGGUGGUCAGUUCAGGACUCUUUUUUUAUAUAUAUAUGAAAGCAUUUUUAAAUAUAUUGACUUUAUUUUUCAUCCAUCCUGUGCAAUAUGCUGUGUAGAAUUAUCAUUUAUUGUCUCUAAUCAUGCCAUAAACAAAGGACCCGCCCUUUUUCUGAGACUCAGAGAAAGGGGGGUGAAACUCAUGCCAGCUAAAUUGUGUCCAUUCACUGCCUGUCAGAUUGUUGAUAUAAACUUGUGUACAGAACUUUUUCAAGGAAGGAAAUAAAUAUCAGCUGGAACUGAAACUCUA